GGUGGCCGCUGCCCGCUCCCUCUCCGUGGCGCGCGACGAGCCCGCGCGGUGCAGGCUGCACCCAACAGACGCGGCUGCGGCGCGAGGAGGGUGCAAGUGAAAUGUCCAGAUCAGACCCCAUGGCUUCCUGGACAAACCCCUGGUGGCUCCUGAGAUGGCUGAGCUUCCUGGUCUCUGCCCUUCCGCAGACCCCGGCAGAGAAGUCUCCUGGAGCCUACUUCCUCCCCGAGUUUGCGCUUUCUCCACAAGGUAGCUUCCUAGAGGAUACCACCGGGGAGCAGUUCCUCACGUAUCGCUACGAUGACCAGACCUCAAGAAACGUUCGUUCUGAUGAAGAAAAAGAUGGCAACUGGGACGCUUGGGGCGAGUGGAGUGACUGCUCCAGGACCUGCGGGGGCGGAGCCUCCUAUUCUCUGCGGAGAUGUCUGACUGGAAGGAAUUGUGAAGGGCAGAAUAUCCGAUACAAGACAUGCAGUAAUCAUGACUGCCCUGCGGAUGCUGAAGACUUCCGAGCUCAGCAGUGCUCAGCCUACAAUGACGUGCAGUACCAGGGGCGUUAUUAUGAGUGGCUUCCACGAUAUAACGACCCUGCCGCCCCGUGCGCACUCAAGUGUCAUGCGCGGGGACAGAACGUGGUAGUAGAGCUGGCCCCCAAAGUGCUGGACGGAACUCGGUGCAAUGCUGACUCCCUGGACAUGUGCAUCAGUGGCAUCUGCCAGGCUGUGGGGUGUGACCGGCAGCUGGGCAGUAAGGCCAAGGAAGACAACUGUGGAGUCUGCGCAGGCGACGGCUCCACCUGCAGGCUGGUGCGGGGUCAGGCCAAGUCACACGUGUCUCCUGACCAAAGAGAAGAAAAUGUAAUCGCUGUUCCUUUGGGAAGUCGCAGUGUGAGAAUUACCAUGAAAGGACCUGCCCAUCUAUUUAUUGAAUCAAAAACACUUCAAGGAAGCAGAGGAGAGCACAACUUCAACAGCCCUGGGGUCUUUGUUGUAGAAAAUACAACCAUUGAGUUUCAGAAGGGCUCAGAGAGGCAAACCUUUAAGAUUCCGGGACCUCUAAUGGCUGACUUCAUCUUCAAGACCAGGUACACCGUGGCCAAAGACAGCGUGGUCCAGUUCUUCUUUUACCAGCCCAUCAGUCAUCAGUGGAGACAGACUGACUUCUUUCCCUGCACUGUGACAUGUGGAGGAGGUUAUCAGCUCAACUCUGCUGAAUGUGUGGACAUCCGAUUGAAGAGGGUGGUACCUGACCACUACUGUCAUUACUACCCUGAAAAUGUCAAACCGAAACCGAAGCUUAAAGAAUGCAGCAUGGACCCUUGCCCGUCAAGUGAUGGAUUUAAAGAGAUCAUGCCCUACGACCACUUCCAACCUCUCCCUCGCUGGGAACAUAAUCCUUGGACAGCAUGUUCUGUGUCCUGUGGAGGAGGAAUCCAGAGACGGAGCUUCGUGUGUGUGGAGGAAUCCAUGCAUGCAGAGAUAUUGCAAGUGGAAGAAUGGAAGUGCAUGUAUGCGCCCAAGCCCAAGGUUAUGCAGACUUGUAACCUGUUUGACUGCCCCAAGUGGAUUGCCAUGGAGUGGUCCCAGUGUACAGUGACCUGCGGCCGCGGGCUGCGCUACCGGGUGGUCCUGUGCAUCAACCACCGUGGGCAGCACGUGGGGGGCUGCAACCCGCAACUGAAGCUGCACAUCAAGGAGGAAUGUGUCAUCCCGGUCCCGUGCUAUAAGCCCAAAGAAAAAAGUCCAGUAGAAGCUAAAUUACCUUGGCUGAAACAAGCACAAGAACUAGAAGAAACCAGAAUAGCAACAGAGGAACCAACGUUCAUUCCAGAGCCCUGGUCAGCCUGCAGCACCACGUGCGGGCCUGGAGUGCAGGUACGCGACGUGAAGUGCCGAGUGCUGCUCACGUUCACGCAGACGGAGACCGAGCUUCCCGAGGAGGAGUGUGAAGGCCCCAAGCUGCCCACUGAGCGGCCUUGCCUUCUGGAAGCCUGUGACCAGAGCCCUGUGUCCCAAGAGCGGAGUGUCUCUCUCCACGAGAAGGACAGCGAGAUGACUUAUGACUGGGAGUAUGCUGGCUUUACUCCCUGCACGGCAACAUGCUUGGGAGGCCACCAAGAAGCCAUAGCAGUGUGCUUACACGUCCAGACACAGCGGACAGUCAAUGACAGCCUGUGUGAUGUGGUCCACCGUCCACCAGCAAUGAGCCAGGCCUGUAACACAGAGCCCUGUCCACCUAGGUGGCGCGUGGACUCCUGGGGGCCCUGCUCAGCUACCUGUGGUGUUGGAAUCCAGACCCGAGAGGUAUACUGCCUGCAUCCAGAGGAAUCCCCAGCCCCUCCAGAAACAUGUGAGGACGAAAAGCCCCAUGCCUUACAAGCAUGCAAUCAGUUCGAUUGCCCUCCCAGCUGGCAUAUUGAAGAGUGGCAGCAGUGUUCCAGGACAUGUGGUGGGGGAACUCAGAACCGGAGAGUUACGUGCCGGCAGCUGUUAACGGAUGGUAGCUUUUUAAAUCUCUCCGAUGAACUAUGCCAAGGACCCAAGGCAUCCUCUCAUAAGUCCUGUGCCAGAACAGACUGCCCUCCACAGCUGGCUGCAGGAAACUGGUCAAAGUGCUCUGUCAGUUGUGGUGUUGGAUCCCAGAGGAGAAAGCAGGUGUGUCAAAGGCUGACCGCCAAGGGCCGGCGCGUCCCCCUCAAUGAGACGAUGUGCAGGGGCCUGCCGAGGCUCCCUCUCAUAAGAUCUUGCCAGAUGCCUGUGUGCAGUAAAAUGAAGCUGCAGACAAAGACAAAACUUGGAGAGCAGGGUCCUCAGAUUCUCAGUGUCCAGAGAGUCUAUAUUCAGACAAGAGAAGAAAAGAGAAUUAACCUGACCAUUGGUAGUAGAGCUUAUUUGCUGCCCAACACAUCUGUGAUUAUCAAAUGUCCAGUGCGAAGGUUCCAGAAGUCUCUGAUCCAGUGGGAGAAAGAUGGCCAUUGUCUGCAGAAUUCCAAGCAAGUUGGCAUUACCAAGUCAGGCUCGCUAAAAAUCCACAGUCUUGCAGCCCCCCACAUUGGUGUGUACCGGUGCAUUGCUGGCUCUGCACAGGAAACUGUAGUUCUCAAGCUCAUUGGGACUGACAACCGACUCAUUGCACACCCAACCCUCAAAGAACACACGCCGGAGUACCCCGGGGUAGACCAAAAUGAAGCCAAUAGUUUGGGAGCCACGUGGCAUAAGAUGCGUAAGAUGUGGAAUAACAAAGAUGAGCUUUACCUGCACGAUGGUCAUAUGAGUACCCAGCCUUUCUUCAGAGCCCUGUUGGGGCAUUGCAGCAGCCCUGCAGGAAACGCCGCAUCUUGGGAGUUUAGGAAUAAGCAGCUGGAGGCCGCAGUGAAGCAGGGCGCCUACAGCGUGGACAUGGCCCAGUUCGAUGAGCUGAUCAGAAACAUGAGUCAGCUCUCGGACACAGGAGAGGCCAGUGAUGACCUGGCAUCCCAGGUGAUAUACCAGCUAGUGGCUGAGUUAGCCAAGGCACAGCCAGUGCCUCUGCAAGGGAGGGGCAACCAGGAUGAGGUGUCUGUGACGGCUCAGCUCCAAGGGGAGACAGGAAGGGUGCCCCAAAGCUCCAAAGUGAAAAGCUCAGGCAAGCUGACAUUUAAGCCAAAAGAACCUGUUCUCAUGAGGCCAAACCAGCCCCCUUCUGUUUCAUUUAACAAAACAAUAAAUGCAAGGAUUGGAAAUACAGUGUACAUUACAAAAAGGACAGAGGUCGUCAAUAUUCUGUGUGACCUUAUGACCCCCAGUCAGGCCACAUACAUGUGGACCAAGGAUGGAACAUUGCUGCAACCCUCCGCAAAAAUCACUCUGGAUGAAAUGGGGAGGAUACAGAUUCGAAAUCCUACAAGAAAGGAGCAAGGAAUAUAUGAAUGCUCCGUAGCUGAUCAUCUUGGUUCGGAUGUGGGAAGUUCAUCUGUGCUAUAUGCAGAGGCACCUGUCAUCUUGUCUAUUGAAAGAAAUGUCACCAGACCGGAGCAUAAACAUCUGUCCAUUGUAGUGGGAGGCAUUGUGGAAGCAGCUCUUCAAGCAAAUGUGACAAUCCACUGUCCUGUCAAAGGUGUCCCUCAGCCUAAUGUAACUUGGUUGAAGAGAGGAUCUCUGAGUGACAAUGUUUCCUUGCUUUUCAAUGGAUCCCUGUUGUUGCAGAAUGUUUCCCUUGAGAAUGAAGGAACCUACGUUUGCACAGCCACCAAUGCUCUUGGGAAAGCAGUGGCAACAUCUGUGCUCCACUUGCUGGAACGAAGAGGACCAGACAGUAGGACUGUAUUUUCUAAGGGACAGAAAAAGCAUUUUCUCCAGAGAUCCAAGACCAGAAGCAGCAGCAAUGACCCAACAGGAGAAACUCUGCCUCGAGAGCCUUUUUGGGAGCCUAGUAACUGGACACAUUGUUCUGCCACGUGUGGCCCCUUGGGAGUGCGCAUUCAGAGGCCCCAUUGUGUGAUGGCCAAUGGACAGGAAGUGAAUGAAGCCCUUUGUGAUCCCUGGCAGAAGCCACUGGCUGGGUUUCAGCCCUGUAACACCCAGGACUGCCCUGCAAGGUGGUUCACGAGUGUGUGGUCAAAAUGCUCUGUGUCUUGUGGUGAAGGAUUUCACAGUCGGCAAGUGACGUGUAAGCAGACAAAAGCCAACGGGACUGUGCAGGUGGUGUCCCCAAGGGCAUGCAUCCCGGAAGACCGGCCUCUGGGGAGAAGACCAUGUUCUGUUCGCCCCUGUGCUCAACAGGUCAUCGAUCCAGGGAGCCAGUGUCCUGCACAUUGCACGGGUCAAGCUGUGAGGAUGCAGCAGCAGCAGCAGCAGCGUCACAAGGCUUGUGGACACAACAGUUCUGCCUCUGACUGUGAUGGCAGAAGGAGACCUGCCUUUAGAAGGAAUUGCUCAUCAGCGUCCUGUGACGUGUGUUGGCGUGCGGGCCCCUGGAAGCCCUGUACGGCAGUCUGUGGCAGGGGCUUCCAGUCACGGAAAGUUGAUUGUGUUCACACCAGGAGCUGCAAACCUGUGGCCGACAGACACUGUCUGCAGAAAAAGAAGCCAGCACCCUGGAGGCAUUGUCUUGGGCCUUCCUGUGAUAGUACGUACCCCUCUCAGGAGACUGCACAGACACAAGUCACUACUGUAUGUUCAUAAAGCACCUUAACCUGUGCUCUCUGGUCCUCUACAAACAACGGUGCUGCCAGUCCUGCCAAGAAGGAUAAACCUUUGGCGAGGUUUUGAUGCUGCUGUGAGGAUAAAAGAAGAAUCUACAAGCUCUUUCCCCCAUGUCUCUGAUUCAAAAGCACAUACUUCUUAGACUCUGGAUUCCAUGAUCAACUAGAGGGUGGUGCAAAAACAGCACUGCUCAAAACUUGUAAAGUGAAAUUUUUCCCAUGGUUGUUGUUAUAAUUCCAAUUCCUAAAAAUGAUAUAUUCUAGUAUUGACAAAAAUCCUAUAACACCCACACCCUUGCUCUUGGGACCACAUUGUGUCCACCUAACCAAGAAAUCACAAUGGUUGUGCACACAGCACCUGCUGUGAUAGAUACAUAGAUGAGCACAAAGACAUUGGUCCUGAAGACUUGGAAGAGAUAGAAAUUGUUGGUUUCUCUGAAGUUGUAGAUUUCCACAUGUUUAUAAGGUAUUUACAUUUUAAAGGCUCUGGCCAGUAGUUGUUCAUUUUUAGCACUAAUGUCAUUUUCGUAGAUCCUUCCUGGAAUCUUCCUGGAAAGGCUUAUAACACCCACUGAGCCAAGGACUCAGCAGGGAUGACAUCUUGUCCUGGCUCUUAGAGCAUCCAGGGAAGAAAACUGAGUAUAUAUAACUGUCAUUUUCACAACUGCAGAAAUCUAUCUGUGACCAACUGAGGCAUCCUGGAAAUCAAAAGAGAGGAAAAGUUAGCCUUUUCUACUGAUUUUGAAGUAUAUUCAAAGCUUUCUUUUAAGAGCUGUGAAUGAAACUUUUUCUGAGCACUAUUCUCUUGCACACAAACAGAAAAUCAAAGCCUUAUUAGAUCUAAUUUAUGCAGAAAAUAGUAUUCCUGAGGAUUUUUAUGUUGUAAAGUCUAUAAAGAAUUUAAUCUAAAUAAGAAACAUGAUAGUUAAAAGAAUUGUUUAUAGUAAAUAAUUGUCUUGAGCUGUUUUGUUUUGUUUUGUUUUUUCCCCAGUAAAUUCAAAGUAAAUUGGGGUUAGAUUGAAAGUUAGGGUUAGGAGUUAGAAUUAGGAUUUGGGUUAUGCUCUGGGUAAGAAAGGUUGGGUUAGUUUCAGAUUAGAGCUAUGAUUAGUGUAAGUGAUAAAGGAAAUGAAAUUAAGGCCAGAAUUGGCUUUAGGGGUUAGGGUUAGGGCCAGGUUAGGACAGGGUUGGGUCUAUUGGGGCCACUGCUGGUGUUAGUGUAAUAAAGGUUGCUGCUGAAGUUAGGUUCAGGCUAGCAUUAAACUUCAAGUUUUAAAACUGAUUUGGUUAUGAAGAUCUUUCCCUGGUAUUUUGCCAGUUAUGGCUUUAGAUGCCACACAGCCCCAAAUAAGUGCCAUGCUUCCUUCCUCAGUGUCCCAGCUGCUGGAAGCAUGCUGCAGCCUCCUGGCAAGGGAAGAUGCCCGAGGCAGGCUGUGUUGGGCCUAGUUUCCAUUGAACAUGUGAACAGUGCAUUUUGGCUUUGGAUUUGUCUGUGGACCAGCUUGCUGAGUCUCUCAACCGUGUUCUGUACACAGAUCUCUUGUUCUAACUCCAGCCUCGCCAACACUGGGAUAAGCACUACUGUAGGUGGAGGGCUUGGUGGUGGGGAACGGAUGGGGGAAGAGCACAGACGACACACCAGGCCAGGAGUUGUCAAUCAUCAGUCUUGUUUGAUUGUUGAAGGUUAUUAAAUUAAAAGAAAGAUCAUUUUGUAAAAUACUCCUUGUAUAUAUUUAUUGUAUGACUUAAAGGUGCAAUAUUUUAUUUUGUACAGUGUGUAAUAAAGACAUGGGACAUAUAUUUUUCUUACUAACAAAAUUUCUUAUUAAAUUGCUUCACCUUUGUAUUUAAGGUUAAAAAUAACAGUUUUCCAUUUUCUAUUGUACUUUCAUCUUGUUAACAUUCAAAUGACA